AUGAGAAUCCUUGUUGGAGUUAAACGAGUUGUCGAUUAUGCUGUCAAGAUCCGUGUCAAGCCAGAUAAGACUGGCGUUGUGACGGAAGGAGUCCAACACAGCAUGAAUCCAUUCGACGAGAUCGCCCUCGAGGAGGCCGUCAAACUCAAAGAGAAGAAGCUCGCCAAGGAGGUCGUCGCCUUCUCUUUGGGUGGACCAAAAUCCGCCGAAGUGCUCCGCACAGCUCUUGCUAAGGGAGCCGAUAAGGCUAUUCAUGUCCAGGUCUCAGACGCUGAUGCUGCGAAGGUCGAGCCACUUCAUGUUGCUCAGGCUCUUCAGAAGAUUGUCGAGAAGGAGAAAUUCGAUGCUGUUUUUGUUGGAAAGCAAGCGAUCGAUGAUGACGCUUCACAGACCGGACCGCUUCUCGCUGGACUUCUUGAAUGGCCACAGGCAUUGUAUGCAUCGAAGGUUGAGGAUGGAGGUUCUGGAUACCUGAAAGUCAAGCUCCCAGCUGUUCUUUCUGCUGAUCUUCGUCUCAAUGAGCCAAGAUAUGCCACUCUUCCGAACAUUAUGAAGGCCAAGAAGAAGCCACUUCAGAAUGUUCCGAUCAAAGAUCUUGGUGUGGAUUUGGCUCCCCAAACCACUACUCUUGAGGUUGCCGAUCCACCGGUUCGCAAGGCUGGAGGAUUCGUUGAGGAUGUUCCAACUCUCAUCGCGAAACUUAAAGAAAAGGGACUCGUCAAGGCGUAA